UCGCUUCCCCCUUGCGUCCCUUCCGUUGCUCAAUCGAGUCGAGUCCAAUCGCAGCAAUUCCAACUCCGUCGUCGUCUCCAGCGAUCUCGCUCCGGUCGGAAGCAGCAACAUGUCCGGCGAGGAGGAGGAGAACGCCGCCGAGCUCAAGAUCGGAGAAGAGUUCCUCAAGGCCAAGUGCCUGAUGAACUGCGAGGUGGCGAUCAUCCUAGAGCACAAGUACGAGCAGAUCCAGCAGCACGCGUCGGAGUCGGACCCCUCGUCGCAGGUGUCGCAGGUGUUCGAGAAGUCGCUGCAGUACGUGAAGCGCUUCAGCCGCUACAAGAACCCCGACGCCGUGCGCCAGGUCCGCGAGACGCUCAGCCGCUACGGCCUCGCCGAGUUCGAGCUCUGCACCAUCGGCAACCUCUGCCCCGACACCAGCGGCGAGGCCACCGCGCUCGUCCCGUCCCUCAAGUCCGGGGGGAGGUUCGUCGGCGACGCCGGCAACGAGAAGAUCGAGAAGAUGCUCAACGACCUCUCCCUCAUCAAGAAGUUCGAGUAGCCAUGGUCCCAUCUGCUUGCUAUAUUGCCAUGGCCGUGCCUUGUGCAGUUCGUCAGUCAGUUUCCCUAGCUGCCUUAUCUUAUCAUCAGGCGAGAGCUCAAGAUCAGUAUGUAAUAGGAUUUCCUACUGAUCAUCAAUGUUGCAAUGAAUGGGGGAACCUUGUUAGUCGAUAAUCAAGUUAGAGUCCAUAUGCUAUGAUUGAUCUCUGUAACUCUGAACAAAAAGCCUCCAUGCUGUGAAUUGAGCUGAAGAGAGAGCCUUUGGUGAUGUUGCUUUCC